AUGAGCAAUUAUUCAGCCGGACUCGGUAAGCCUAGCUCAGGUAAGAGGAGAAUAAAAGACCUUUUGAACCAACCUGAUAACCGAGUCUGUGCUGAUUGUGGCGCUCCUGAUCCUAAAUGGGCAUCAGCAAACAUCGGAGUAUUCAUUUGCUUAAAAUGUUGCGGUGUGCACAGAAGCCUCGGCACUCAUAUCUCAAAGUAUGAACUCCAAGAGUUUCUGAAACCAAGCUUGAGGAUAACAUCAGGGAAAUCUUGCUCAACAAAGAAACCAUCUUCUUUUCUUAAAUCAAAUCUUUCUACUAAAUUCAUGGAUAGUUUUCGCACAAAUUCGUCGUCAAAGAAGAUAUUUGAGGAAGGAAUGGUAGAGUUUAUUGGAUUGUUGAAGGUGACUGUUAAGAAAGGUACUAACUUAGCAAUCAGAGAUAUGAUGUCAAGUGAUCCUUAUGUUGUCUUGAAUCUAGGGAAGCAAAAACUUCAAACAACAGUUGUGAAUAGUAACUUGAACCCGGUCUGGAACCAAGAACUCAUGCUGUCUGUUCCUGAGAGCUAUGGUCCAGUGAAAUUGCAAGUGUAUGAUUAUGAUACAUUCUCUGCUGAUGACAUAAUGGGAGAAGCUGAGCUUGAUAUCCAGCCUCUGAUAACAUCUGCAAUGGCAUUUGGGGAUCCAGAGAUGUUUGGGGAUAUGCAGAUAGGGAAAUGGCUAAAGUCACAUGAUAAUCCGCUAAUAGAUGACAGCAUCAUUAACAUUGUUGAUGGGAAAGUGAAGCAGGAGGUUCAGAUCAAGCUUCAGAAUGUAGAGUCUGGAGAAUUAGAGCUGGAAAUGGAAUGGCUGCCUCUUGAGCAAUAACAAUAAUACCAAUGCAGUAGAUCCCAUUUUAUUUAUUAACUUACACAUUUUGCAUACAUUCCUUCGUUCUUUUGUUGGAACACUUUUGGAUCUCUGAUAUCCUUCCACAGGAACGUUUUUUGUUUGUGAUACUUGUAUUACAUUUGUUUUUGAUGGGACUUAAAACAACCUAUCCAUUCAAUAUGAG